AUGGCUACGCUGGCCAUGAGUGAGAAGCCACCACCAAGCGUCGACGUGCACAAUGGCGAGGAGGCUGGCCCUGUCCCCGCCAUUGUAGCGUCAUUUAUGUGUGAAGCAUGUCAAAACCCUAUUGAAGAGGAAUCGCAUGCUGACGGCGUAGUUCAUAUGGCAGAAAGCUAUUGGCACCGGGACUGCUUCACAUGCUUGACAUGUGGUCGGCCUGUCCCCAUUGAGAACGACAAUGUACUCUUGGUUGGAUCGCAGCCGAUGUGCGAUAAGUGCACGUUUCACUGUCGUGCGUGUCAACGCCCGAUUGCCGACGAGGUCGUGCUGUGUGACCAGGCGCCUUACCAUACGCAGUGCUUUCGCUGCAGUACAUGCCAGAACUUGAUCAACUCCACAGCGUAUGUGUGCGUGGGUGACCUGGUUCAGUGCUUAGCAUGUCAUGCGUCGGCGAGCACAUCGCCGACAGACGCAGCAGCGGGUGCCUCAGUUCCCGCUUCGUCGACCUUGGCGCCGCCAAACGGAGAAGGACGGCAGUCUGCGUCGGUGCCCAGCUCGCCUGUUGCACGACAUGCCACAGUGCUGGACCUAUUAGACUUGGUGCCUCACCACACAGCCUCAGCCACCCAGCGACUUGGGAUGAGGCAGCGACACAAACGGUCGCACACCGUGAGUGGUCCUACGGCCGAUAUGCCUGACACACUCUCUCUCGCCGGUGCACCUAACGGGGCAUUGGAAGGUGUGGCACAUGCGUUAUUGACAGCCGACUCGCUGCCUGCAAUGGAACGACCUGUUGCAGAGCCCCUUCGUGCAAGUAUAUCGGACGUGAGCCCACGUACAGACACCAUGGCAACGGCUGUAGCGAUAGCCGACGAGCAUGUGGAUGCGGAUGUCAUUGCUGAAGCUAUGGUGGGCGUGUCUGCGAACACAACUCAAGAUGCCAUCGCAGACGCCAUCGCGCCGGACGACAGCGGUGUGCUAUCCACAACGCCCUCGGCACCUUUGGAAGCAAGUCCUACCACGAGGGUGGACCCAUUGGCUGAGUCGACCAGGCCUGAAGAGGAGUUGAUGACCGAUGUACGUCAUCUCUCGCUGAAAGAAAGGACGCGGGAGCGUUUGUCCGACACGCUGCAGUCAGAAAUCUUGCAAGCAUACUACAUGUCGGCAACACCCUCAGGGCGUGGCACACCUAUGGCUGAUACAUCGCAGUCACGUCGGCAGUCUCGCACGGUGGUUAGCGCGCUCAGUGAUCUGUGGUCACAUCGGGAAUCAUCGUCUGAAUCUGACAUUCUACGCCGUCUCUCGUUGUACGACAGUGAGUUUGAGGCGCUGAUCGCCACGCCUGAUUUUGCGCAACAGCGACACUCGCAGCCAUGGGAUACAUCGGCUUGGAAUGCCGUGGCUGAGUCGUCGCCCCUCUUGGAGACCAAUCCCGUGUCGUCGGACUUGCCAGGCGCAUGGCCAACGUCGGAAUCACUGGAUAGCGCUCAGGAUCCUGCCACGCUCUCUGAUACAGCGCAACUGGAGAUCCAGCGGCAUAUGGCCCUGGCUGAGUUCCUUGCUGUGAAGAGCGCAACAGAAGAGCACAAACGCUCGCCCGAUCAGUCGACACACGCCAAGGUGCAGUUGGUCCUAGAGUCCCUGUACGCACACUUUGACACGAUCAAGACAGAAUACAAGCGUGAGUUGGAAUCGCUCGCGAUGAUGCAGCAGACGCUUCGUCAUGAAUUGCGGCCCAUGAUGCAGGUCCGUGCCACGCUGAUGCAAGAAUCGCAGCAGUUGGCACAGCGCGUCGAUGAGCUGACCGCCGAAGUCGCGCGUCUUGAUGUGGAGGCAAGUGAGCGUGUGCGUCGGUCAUCGGCUUCUACCACCGAGACGGUGCACUUGGCCCCCGUGGCUGACCCCUCCGUGCUCACGACACCCACGGGCCCAUCACGCUCCCACCUGCCCGACACGCCAGGGACCGUAUCGCCUGCCGCGCCGACUAGUCCAGCUACGUCGUCCGCGCGCCUCGAUGCCUCGUUGCCGCCACUUCCUGCGCCGCGCAAGUUUCGAUGGAUCAAGCCACGCCUGAUUCUCCCGCCAGACUUGGCUGCAGCGGGUGAAGCGUUGCUUUUGCCGGCGCAUGAGCUGGGUAAGGCAGGCCGUGUCCCUUCUAUAUCACCGCCUGUGCCGCCCAAGCACGACACGGCGCAAGGAUCUCAGCAGCAUUUGUUUGAACCAACAGGCCCUCUUCCAUCGCGAACGCGGUGCAUGGUGUGUACACAAUCUGUGGCUCGCGGCGCCUCAGAAAUGCGGUGCCACCAGUGUCGUGAAGUGUGCCAUGCUUCGUGCUUGUACCAUGUGACGAAGCCUUGCAUGGGAGCCGUACCAACACAGGCCCAUCUACAACGGCAGCAGUCGUGGAACUCGUGUGUCGCAUCACCGCCUGGCACUUCGAUGCUGGGCCGCCCAUUGUCGGAACAAUUGCGGUUGGAAGGCACGUUGGUCCCCCGGCUUGUAGCCUGGUGUAUUGCCGCUGUGGAAGCCAAUGGCUUGCACGACGAAGGCCUGUAUCGCAAGUCAGGCAGCUCGCAGCAACAACGCCAACUUGUUCAGCUCUUUGACAGUGGUCAGCCGUUUGACUUGUGCGAUGCGUCGCAAUUUGGCGACUGUGCUGUGAUCACCGGCGUGCUGAAAUCGUAUCUACGCAAACUACCUGAGCCAUUGAUCCCUAUUGAGCACCAUGAUGCGUUUGUUGCAUUUGCUGAGCAUGAAUCGCACUCCCCUACGGCGGUGCCGACCAUGCAAGUCAUGCUGAGCAAGCUGCCUAGCAAUCACUAUGCCACAUUGCAGCGCCUGUGUCAGCACCUGCACCUCGUCCAAAAACACCAGGCUGAGACGCGGAUGUGUGCCCGCAACUUGGGCCUGGUUUUCGGGCCGACAAUUCUGUGUGUGUCGGACCCUCAACAGGAACUCCUAGAAAUGGCGACGUAUGCGCGCGUCGUCGAGUUCCUCAUUCAGCACACACCCGCCCUAUUUGCCUUGUAA